AUGGCUCCUCGGCCGGAAUUGGACGGCUCCCAGGGCAGCCCUGGAACUAGCGAACUCGAGGCGAACGCCAUGCCAGCGGUGAGCGGAACCAGUGAGAAACCGGGCUUGCUUCCCGCUUCGUCCACCAUCGCCCUGGUAGGGGACGAACCGGAGGAUCCCUGGGCAGUGUCCAAACUCGAGGUCGUUGGUGUCAAGUGGUCAGAGCUGAGUGCCGCGAAGAAGGUUGUCCGUGUGCUGACGGCGGUGCUGAAGCUGGCGUUACUUCUUGGCUUCCUCUAUGUGUUUGUGUGCUCUUUGGACAUCCUGAGCUCGGCUUUCCAGCUUGUGGGAGGUAAAGCUGCCGGAGAUAUCUUCAAGGAUAACGUGGUCCUGGCAAACCCGGUGGCCGGUCUGGUGAUCGGGAUCUUGGUCACGGUUCUGGUGCAAAGUUCCAGCACCUCCUCCUCCAUCGUGGUCAGCAUGGUGUCCUCUGGCUUGAUGGGGGUGCGAUCCGCCAUCCCCGUGAUCAUGGGAACGAACAUCGGCACCUCAGUCACCAACACCAUCGUGGCUUUGAUGCAAUCCGGAGACCGGACUGAAUUCAGAAGAGCUUUUGCAGGUGCAACUGUGCAUGAUUUCUUUAACUGGCUCUCAGUUCUUGUCCUGUUACCAAUUGAAGCAGCCUCUGGCUAUCUGUACCAUCUCACUCGAGUCAUUGUUGAAUCAUUUGAUCUCAAGAGUGGUGAGGAUGCUCCAGAUAUGUUAAAAGUCAUUACUGAUGACUUCACAAAACUUAUUAUACAGCUGGAUAAAUCUGUGAUAAAUGAUAUAGCAACAGGAGAUCCAGCAGCAGCCAACAAAAGCCUUAUUAAGGAAUGGUGUAAAACAGUAACUGAAAUGGUAGAGAAAAAUGUAACUGUUCCCAGUGAAUACAACUGCACAUCACCUGAAUUUUGCUGGAGUGAUAACAACUACACUUGGACUCUAAAAAAUGUAUCAGUUACAAUAAACCUUGAAAAAUGUCAUCACCUAUUUGUGAAUACAACCUUAUCAGAUUUAGGGGUUGGUCUAAUCCUUCUUGCAGCCUCUUUGAUUGCCCUCUGUACCUGUUUGAUACUUAUUGUUAAACUUCUGAACUCCAUGUUAAAAGGACAAGUUGCUGCAGUUAUUAAAAAAGUUAUUAAUACUGAUUUCAAAUUUCCAUUUGCUUGGUUAACUGGAUAUAUAGCCAUUGCAGUGGGUGCUGGAAUGACUUUUAUUGUUCAGAGCAGUUCCAUUUUUACUUCAGCACUUACUCCAUUAGUUGGAAUUGGUGUAAUAACUAUUGAGCGAGUUUAUCCCCUCACACUGGGUUCCAAUAUUGGUACAACUACAACAGCUAUUAUAGCUGCUCUUGCUAGUCCAGGAGAAACCUUAGCUAACUCCCUGCAGAUAGCCUUGUGCCACUUCUUUUUCAAUAUUUCUGGAAUCCUAAUUUGGUACCCUAUACCAUUCAUGCGUAUUCCAAUUCGCCUAGCGAAAGCAUUGGGAACUUAUACUUCCACGUACAGGUGGUUUGCAAUUGCCUACUUGAUCAUUUGCUUUUUAUUGAUCCCUCUAAUUAUACUUGGGCUCUCAAUGGCUGGUUGGCAGGUACUGGCUGGCGUAGGUAUUCCUAUCUUGAUGAUGAUAAUCAUCAUAAUUGUUAUCAAUGUUAUGCAAACAAAGUGCCCAAGGUUCUUGCCAAAGACACUACAAACCUGGGACUUUCUUCCGAUUUGGAUGCAUUCCCUGAAACCUUGGGACAGAAUAGUACAGCGUGCUACAAUAUGUUGUUCCACUCAGUGCUUUGGAAAGUGUAAAUGUUGCAAGAAUUGUGUUAAAAGUAGUGAUAGAGAAGAAAAACAAACCAAACCACUUGAAGUUUAUGAAAAUCCAGUAAUCCUAGAGAAUGAAAAACAAGAUAUAACAACAUUUCCAGUUGUGGAAAAUGAGACAAAAAAUAUUUCAACAAAUAUAUAG